GCCAGUAAACUAGCUCUCUUCCUGAUCUCUGUAAAACUGAAAGUCCCUGCAGAAACAGACACACAUGCUGAUAAAACAGCUAAAGAAAAGCACAUCCAGCUCUUUACAGGACGCCUCCAGAACCUGGACUCUUCAUCCCAGCGCAGAGUUUGGACCUAGAAGCAAAGCAUCCCAGCACAAUGAGCCAGUGGAAACAGAUCCAGCAGCUGGAGAUGAGGCUCCUGGAACAGGUGGACUACCUGUAUGAUGAUAACUUCCCCAUGGACAUCAGGCAGGGCCUGGCCGGCUGGAUCGAGGCCCAGGACUGGGAAUCAGCAGUCAACGACGAGUCAAUGGCUUCAGUGAUGUUUACCAAUCUGCAGACCCAGCUGGAGAAGGUCCGCUCACAGGAACAGAACUUCCUACAGAGACACAAUAUGAAAAUUAUUCAGCAGCAGUUGCAGCGGAAAUACACGACCAACCCUAUGGCCAUGGCCAGAGUGAUCUCCACCUGCCUUAGGGAGGAGCGGCGGAUCCUGUCCAGCACCUGCACGCAGGAACAGGGAGCACUGGAGCAAUCAUUGCAGGACUCCGUGGCCUUUGAGAGACAAAAGAAUAUGGACAACAGAGUGGGCAUCAUCAGGAAUAGUGUCCAGCUUAUGGACCAAGCAGUGAAAAACAUUGAGGACAUGCAGGAUGACUUUGAUUUCUGUUACAAGACAUUACAGUCACGGGAAUCAGCAGAUAGAACCUCUGAUAUGAUAAAACAGGGGAUAACAAGACUACAGGAAAUGCUCAACAGGCUUGACUUCAAAAGGAAGGAGAUUCUGUCAAAGAUGGACGUGGUGAUCAAAGAGAUUGAUGACCUGAUGACCUCUCAGCUCAGACCUGAGCUAAUGGACUGGAAACGCAGGCAGCAGAUUGCUGCCAUCGGUGGCCCCAUGCUUACUGGGCUGGAGCAGCUGCAAAGUUGGUUUACUCUGACAGCACAGAGCCUCUUCCAGAUCAAGCGGCAGUUGGACAAACUGGGGGAACUGGUUGUGAAAGUUACAUAUGAGAGUGACCCAAUCCCACUACAAAAACCUCAGAUGGAGGAACGAGUUAAAUACCUUAUCUACCAUCUCAUCAAGAGCUCGUUUGUGGUGGAGAAGCAGCCCUGCAUGCCCACCCAUCCACAGAAACCUCUCAUCAUCAAGACCGGAGUGCAGUUCACCACUAAAGUCAGACUUUUGGUCAAACUCCCUGAAGUGGAUUAUCAACUAAAAGUUAAAACGACAUUUGACAAAGACCUCCCCCCUGGCAGAGUAAGUCGACAGUUUUUCAUCCUCACAAACAACACUAAAGUGAUGGACAUUGAGGAUUACUCAAACGGCUGCCUCUCCGUGGAGUUCAGACACUUGCAGCUGAAAGAGAAGAAAUACUCCAAUGGCACCAAGGGAAACGAGGGUCUGCUGUCUGUGACAGAAGAACUUCACUCGUUGAGUUUCGAGGCCUGCUUCACGGUGCAGGGCCUCACCAUCGACCUGGAGACGUGCUCCCUGCCUUUAGUGGUGAUUUCCAAUGUGAGCCAGCUGCCAGGCGGCUGGGCCUCCGUCAUGUGGUACAACCUCCUGACCGACGAGCCCAGGAACCUGGGCUUCUUCGGGAACCCGACACGGGCCAGCUGGAGCCAGCUCUCUGAGAUGCUCAGCUGGCAGUUUUCCACCUUCGCUGGUCGAGGCCUCAACAAAGAGCAGCUGGAUAUGCUGGGAGAAAAACUGCUGGGCCAGCUUGUCUCAUGUGGGGACUAUCAGGUUUCCUGGUCCAAGUUCGCUAAGGAGAAUAUUCCCGGGAAACCCUUCAGCUUCUGGAUGUGGCUGGACUCCAUCCUGGAACUCAUCAAGAAGCACCUGCUGCCAGUUUGGAAUGAGAACUACAUCAUGGGCUUCGUGAGUAAAGAGAUGGAGCGUGCUCUGCUGAAGGACCGGGAGCCGGGGACCUUCCUGUUACGCUUCAGCGAGAGCCACCUGGGAGGAAUCACCUUCACCUGGGUGGAGCACAGCGACAGCGGGGACGUAAAGUUCAACUCCGUGGAGCCAUACACUAAAAACCGACUGAGCGCUCUGCCUUUUGCUGACAUAAUCCGUGACUACAAGGUCAUUUCAAAUGGAGGUGUUCCCGAGAACCCGCUCAAGUUCCUGUACCCAGACAUCCCCAAAGACGAGGCCUUCGGACGGCUCUACAACAGUCAGCCUAGCAAAGUCCAUCCAUACAUCCCAUCCACCCUGAUCCCCAUCUCAGAGCUGCGGUCUGAAGCCAGCACCACCCCCCGCUCCUGUCCGUCUCCCGAACCCCCGAUGACCCCCGGGGAGUUUGACAUGCUCAGUGAACACCUGUGCUUUGACAUCGACACCAUGAGCUCCCCAUAUUCAGAGUGAAGUUGGAUGACCAUAUUGAUCAACAGUGUUUCCACCAUUAUGCCAUCUCUUCAUAUAUAAAUGUUAAUUUUUCCCUUAAAAAGAACCAGAACAUCUUUAAUAAAUGUAUUUAAUGUU